CAGAAGUUUGCUACACGCACACAGAUGUCAGCGGAGUUUCUCAAUCUGUCACUUUGCUCGUUUGAUGGAGGAAGGAGAGAAGGAAAAAACACUGGACACUGCGACUCUCUGACAACUCCCGCGAACCGCCUUCCCAUGACUACUUCACCCGACGGCUCCCCGUUGUCACCUUUUAGCCGCCCUACCUGCUAGCUCGUCCCGCGUUUGGUUUGACAGCCGCGCAGCAACACCCAUGAGCCCGUGUCAGAAGUUCCCGAGCUAACGGCGCUAGCUUCUGCUGCUGCUAGCUAUGUUUUCUCAGCUCGGCUUGAAACCUCCAGCGAAAAAAGCAGCAAUUUGACAGUGUUUCUUUUUGUUUUUUAAGCUACUAAACUAAGUGCCUUUUUUUUUUAUUGUUGAGGGGGACAAGUUUGUCGUUGCUAAACACGAAGCUAUCAAUCUGUCAGACAUGGGACUACACCCGCUGGAAUUCAGUGAAUGCUAUCUGGACAGCCCCAGCUUCAGGGAGAAAAUCAAGGCACACGAAGCAGAGCUGGACAAAACCAACAGGUUCAUCAAAGAGCUGUACAAAGAUGGGAAGAACCUCAUCAACGCGACAAAGCAGCUUGGGAUGGCACAGCGGAAGUUUGCCCAGUGCCUGGGAGAAUUUCAGUUUGAGUACAUUGGAGAUGCAAAGACAGAUGAUGAGAAAUGCAUCGAUGAGUCUUUGCAAGAGUUCUCCUCAUUCCUCAAAAACCUGGAAGACCAAAGAGAGUUGAUGAUGAGAAACAUCACAGAAACCUUAAUGAAACCUUUGGAAAAGUUCAGAAAAGAGCAGCUCGGUGCAGUAAGGGCGGAAAGAAAGAGGUAUGAAAAAGAAACGGAGAAGUACUACAGCUCUCUGGAAAAGCUUCUGAAUAUGUCAGCAAAGAAGAAAGAGCCACAACUACAAGAGGCAGACGUCCAGGUGGAAAGCAUGAGGCAUCAAUUUCAGGGGGAGUCGCUGGACUAUGUGUGCAAACUACAAGAGAUCCAAGAGAGGAAGAAGUUUGAGUGCGUGGAACCGAUGCUGGCCUUUUUUCAGACCGUCUUCACCUUUUAUCACCAGGGCUAUGAGCUCGCCAAGGACUUUGAUCAUUAUAAAAGAGAGCUGCAGAUCAACAUUCAGAAUACGAGGAGUCGGUUUGAGGGCGCGCGGUCAGAAGUGUUCGAGCUGAUGAAGAGGAUCAGAGAAGCGCCACAAGAAUACAGACAGACCAGCCCUAUCAGUUGUGAAGGCUACCUCUAUGUACAGGAAAAACGGCCACCCCCCUUUGGUUCAAGUUGGGUCAAGCGCUACUGCACAUUUGUCAAAGAGCAGAAGAUCCUGCACAUGGUGACUUUUGACCACAGAUCUGGUGGAAAGAUUGGUGAGACGGAGUCCAUCACACUCAAAUCCUGUCUCCGCAAAACGACUGACAUGUUGGACAGGAGGUUCUGCUUAGACCUCGACAUAACCGAUCGCCCAGGGACAGUGCUUACAGUACAGGCUCUGUCGGAGGAUGACCACAAGUUUUGGAUGCAAGCCAUGGGUGGGAAGGAACCUAUUGGUCAUUAUCUUGGGAGGACUCUUUCUAAAGAAAGAGGAAUUGAUGCCCAGUUGGAUGAAGUGGGUUUGAAUUUUGUGAAGAAUUCCAUCAGUGCCAUAGAGACGAGAGGUAUUAAUGAUCAAGGCCUGUACAGAGUUGUUGGGGUAAGCUCCAAGGUCCAGAAGCUCCUCUCAUUGAUGAUUGAUGAGAAGAGCAACGAAGUGGAUCUGUCUACAAGUGAAGACUGGGACGUUAAGACAAUAACGAGCGCACUUAAGCUUUAUCUGAGGAGCCUUCCUGAGCCACUGAUGACCUAUGGACUAUACAAAGAGUUCAUCAGCCCUGCGAAGGGCGGUAGUCCUGAGUCUCGCAUCCAAGCCGUCCAUUGCCUGGUCCACAAACUACCGGAGAGGAAUCGACUAGUCCUCGGGCUGCUUAUGAAGCAUCUGGCCAAUGUGGCGGCCCACAGCAAACAGAAUCUGAUGACCGUGGCCAACCUGGGCGUGGUGUUUGGGCCCACAUUAAUGAGGCCACAGGAGGAGACUGUCGCUGCCAUCAUGGAUCUCAAGUUCCAGAACAUUGUGGUGGAAAUCCUCAUCGAACAUCACGAAAAGAUUUUUGCAGAUGCUCCCGAGUCAUGCCCUCUUUCACCUGCUGCCCCAGUGUUCUCUGCUCCCACAAGGCAGUCCAAGAAAUUGGGUCGACAGAAUCGGCCUUUGGCUGUCUACAAUCCACAAGCCCUUGACAUUCAGAAUGUGUCAGCAGUGGGAGAUCAUUCCAGCCUGACUACAGAGGAGACAUCAAUGGGCAGCAAUGAGUCCGUAUCGUCCCAGUCGUCGUCCGCCUCAGCCUCAGAGACGCCUAUAGAGAAGACCGAUCACCCCCCACUUGGCAGCAGCCUCAGCUCAGGCAGCAACUCCAGAUCCCCUACAGUAUCUGAGCCUGCUCCUGGAGCUUCCAGAGAGAACCAUCCUGCUGCUUCCACCGCUGCUUCUGAAAAAGAAAAACCAGAGGAGGGUGUCACCAGCAGGAAAGCCAAGGCAGUGUACCCAUGUGAGGCUGAGCACGACUCUGAGCUCUCCUUCCAGGUCGGCGCAAUAUUCAACGCUGUGACCCAGUCGAGGGAGCCGGGCUGGCUGGAGGGGGAGCUGGAGGGGAAGAGGGGCCUCAUCCCUGAGAACUAUGUGGAGAUGCUGUAGAACCAAAUGGAAAUAUUUAUGGACACUUUGUCACCGAGAAGAGUAUGAUGCACGUGCUUCAACUCAAUUCACAUUUUAUUUUAUUUUUUUUAAAUCCAAAGCCCGUUGACUUCUCUCAAUCCAGUGACGUUUGUUAUAUGUUAUUAUUGGUGGACUAUUCUAGACACAAGUAUACCCAUUGUGGCUGCCAAGUAGAUGUUGUGAUGCAUGUGCAAGCGUGACUUUAGCUCGGUCAAAUAUUCACACGAGUUUCACCAUUGUAACUGCAAAAUGGGAUUGCACUUACAGUGUCCUGCUGUAUAUGAAGAUGCUGUAGCCUCUAACCAUCCAAGUAACUUCGUAGAGAGGAUGAGCGCCCGUCUGGGCUCGCUCUCUGCUCUGCCCACUUAUACAUGGUAUCCAUGAGCUCACAGUCAAAGGGGGGAGCUUCAGAAAGUAUAAGGUAGAAUGUCAGCACUGUAGCUUUUGACCCUCCUGACUAUGAUACACGCAAAGUUGUUUUCAGCUGGUAAAAGAUUAGAGAUACCUGUGUGCCUUAUCCAUCCAAACACCAAGUGUAAAUGUACGUACGGGUAUGUGUGAAAACGAAUUGGAGUGUUACUGCUUUCGCUUCUAAAAUGUUGUAUUCUUCUGUUGUUUUGAGAAUAUCUAGAUAUUGAAAAUGAGGCACAUCGCUACUGUAAUUUUAUUUUAUUUAAUUGGCGCAUUGAUUGCAUGAGUUUUGAAUUUUAAAUUCACUCUGUACUGUUUUGUUCUUGGUGCACUCCUUUACAGAAACACAGUGAAACGCCUCCGAUGCCUGAAGAACCCUGUUGUGUUAAACACUAGCAUCCAACAGUGUGAACAGAGGUGAAUUUCAGUAGACAGCAAUGAUUGAAACCAAGUGUUUUCCAUGUCAAAUGAUCUGUUUUGUUUGUUUUUAAAGCUUGUUUUUAACGUUGCUCAGUUUCUUCUGAGCAGAGAAAUGACACUCCCACAAAGUUGAAAUGUUGUAUUUCACUUCACUUUAUGUUCACUCAAAAUCAGUGUUUUAUUGUUGGUAAGAUUACAAAAUGCAGUUCUGACAGGACAUUUUAGAGUUUUUUUUUUUCCAUCUCACAGCUGAACUAUUAAGGAGUUAUGACCAAGUACAUUUACUCCCUUUGAAUGAAGGGCAGGUUUUCAUUUAGAUUGAGCUCAUCACAAUAAGUUCGGAAAAUCACUUUUUACAAACAAUUACCUGAGAAGUUUGGUUCAUCGGAUUGUCUGUGCUUCAUUUGCAAGACUUUAAAACAUUGAUUUCUGACGUUCAUAAAGGGUCUUGACUUUUUUCUGUUUAUUAUUUUUUUUAUUUUUACCUUUGGGUAUCCUCUUGAUCAAUGUUAAACAAAUAAAGAUUUUUUUUUUCUUUUACUGUAUUUUGUAUUCUUGCAAAAAAAAAAAAGAGUUCUAAAUGAUUUUUAACAAUGCAAUAUUGAGGCCUAAUCACAUUUUUUACUGUUGUUAUCUCAGGCCCUGAUGGUGCUGAUGAUGGUUACAUCAGCUCAUUAAAUUGUAUUGUUUUCCAAAUGAAGGCCUACGUAAUAUGUAUGGAUCAAAGAAGAUUGAGAAAAACACCCACUGACUGAGAGUGUAACUGUUUAACUUCACAAUUGGGAAAUAUGUAUAACUCGGUUAAUGUGAAAUCUAUGUCUUAAUUUUUUGCUGGCUCAUCGGUUGUGUCAGUGAGAAGGCGCACACUUUCCUACAGAGUCUAAGAAUAAAGAGAAUGGUGAAAUGCAGAUUCAUUCUGCAGGCAGUCCUGACACAGUGAGCCAUGUAGUGUAAUGUAAGCCUUUCCCUUUAUAUUGACCUGCACUGGUCCAUCUGACUAAAAGCUGCUUCCAAAAUAACUUUCCAUAAGGGGAUUAAAAAUAGAUGGUAAUCUUUCACAGAGGAAAACACACUAAUCCACCUCCUCCUCCCCGAUCCAUUAACAUCUCAGCCUCAUGCAUGUUAAUUCUUCGACUACAUCUGUGUAAUUAACACAGCAAAUGGCCUCCAGACCCGGCGCAUUGGCCUCAGUUACAUAAUUACCAUCAGUCCACCACCACGCUCAGACCUCCGAUAAGUGGACUGAUGCACUAUUUAGCAGCAUAAACACACAGUUUGUCCAUUUAAAGAGACUUUAAAGGCUCAAAGUCUGGUUUUUGGUUCAACGCGUGUCCGUGAGCUUCCAGAAGCAACGCGGUGGUAACAUAAUGAAAUGAGCCAGAGUUAAUGACUUGGGCAAAAUAUUCCCCCAGAAUCACUCCAACCACCCACUGCCGGAGCCCUUCAUCAUCUUUCCUCUGCCAGAAUACUGCUGAAUCAUAGAGGCUUCCACCCUGCCUGCCUCUCACUCUGCUUUGGACUGUCUGUCAGAGAGCAUGUUGCUCUAUCUGCCUUCCUUUCUCCUGUUUCUUCUGCCUACCUGUCUGUCUCUCAGGAGUAAUUAAAACCCGUCAGCUUCUCCCCUACACGACUUCUUUUCAGUCACUGCUUCACAUUUCUCCUGUUCUAAUAGUCAUCUAUUCAAUUAGUGAAGUCCCCGGUCAGUCAUUAAACCCCUAAAAACUCAUUUAUUUGUAUCAUAUUUAGAAUUCUUUUCCAGGAAAAUAAUCAUUUCCUGCUUUAAAAUGGCUUCAGUGUAACUACACUGACUACGUUUACAUGCCAUUAAUAUUCGGGCUAAGGUCAAUAUUCCGGUUUCUAAAACAUUUGGAAUAACCCGUUUACAUGCCUAAACAGACAGAGUUACUCCUGUUUACAUGAUCAGCCUAAUCAAUUGGGAUAUUCUCAUCCAAACCGGGACGCACAGACAACGUCAUGACGCAAAUUGUGUCAUUUCCAUUUCUGGUUCGUGGUUUCACCAUGUCUGUUUACCUCUCCUUGUGAAUUUCCGGUGGGUCGCGCGCCAGACGCGGCAUAUAGUUGCCGUACUCAAAAGACCAAGAUUACUUUCGGAUGAAACAUGCGCAGAACGCAAAUUAAUGUUUCUUUCUAUGGGGAUAUUCCGAUGCGCGUUUAUAUUACGAGAUAUUCGGGUUAGAAAAGGAGUAACCCAGGGGUCUUAUUCGGGUUUUUAAAAACCCGAAUAUGAGCAUAUUCGGGUUUUUGCGGGUGUUUAGAUGGCCGUACGCAACCGGGUUAUUGCUAAUAUUCUGGUUAUGAAAGGGUUAGUGACUGCAUAUAAACGUAGUCACUGUUUCUUCCUCUAAAACAGAGGUGUCAAACUCAUCUUAGUUCAGAGGCCACAUACAGCCCAAUUUGAUCUCAAGUGGACCGGAGCAGUAAAUUUCUAAUAACCUGUAAAUAACCACAACUCGAAAUAUUUCCCUUUGUUUUAAUCCAAAAAAGUACAUUCUGAACAUGUUCACAUUUAAUGAACUAUCUUUUUACAAAAUGUUAUGAACAACCUGAAAUUUCUGAGGAAAAUAAAGGGCAAUUUCAACAA